AUGAAGCGUGUCACUGCCAAACAACCCCUCUCCAGGCUGCCCCCCAGCCCGUUCGUCAAUACGCAUAUUGUCGCCUCCAGCAGUGUUGCUCAGGAUGACUCUCUGGGCAUCACUCCUUCGUCUAUCCCUUCUCCCGUUACCUACCCGGGAGAGCGCAUCUCAUGGAUACCAUGUGGUACCCUUAACAAUGAGCUUCUUGAGUGCACGAACCUUAGUGUACCCAUCGAUCACUUCAGCGAACGGUCCUCUGACAAGACCUUCACCAUUCCCCUUAUCCGACUGCGCAGCAACCGCACGAGCGACACACCUCUCCCCAAUAUCCUGCUCAACCCAGGGGGACCUGGCGGUUCUGGCACACAGUUUGUCUACCGUCUCGGUGCCAAGCUGCGUGAUGUUCUUGGGGACGGGGUUCACCUGAUUGGCUUCGAUCCGCGUGGUGUGAACGGUUCAAUCCCACGUGCUAGCUGCUAUAAGACUCCAGAGUUACGAGAGCGGCUUGGCUUCGUUCGUGAUAAGAAGGUUGUUGAGGAUAGUGGCGAGCUAUGGGCAUGGAGCCAGAACUUUGCAAAAGCGUGCCAGGAAACCAUGGGGCCACAUGGAAAGUACAUCAACACACCACAGACAGCUGCAGAUAUGAACUCGAUUUUGGACGCUCUUGGACAGAGAGGACUUUGGUAUUGGGGCUUCAGCUAUGGCACGCUUCUUGGGCAGACAUACGCAGCCCUCUUCCCUGAGCGGACUGAGAGAGUUGUAAUUGACGGUGUCGCGAAUCAAUGGGACUGGUAUGAAAGCCGUCUUGACAAGGAGAUGAUGACCGAUACAGACGCCGUCUGGAACGGCUUUAUCGAAGAAUGCAUCAAGGCUGGAAAAUGGAAGUGCGACUUGGCUCAGUUGGCAUCUACAAAGGAGGAGCUUGCAGACAUGUUGCUUCGCGAAAUCGGCAAGCUACGUGAUGACCCUGUGCCAGUGUAUGUCAACGCCGAAAAGUAUGGUGUGCUGGACUACUGGGACAUCUUGUACGGCGGUAUCUUUCCAGCACUCUACAAGCCCGCUUCCUGGAGUAGGCUAGCCAGCAACUUGGCUGCUCUUCUCAAGGGCAACGCAACCCCAGCAUUCCUGGAAUAUGGCCAAAAAAGUCCAUUUGAUCUCGAGGGCGAGGCCUUCAAGGUCAUUAGCCUGAACGAUGGGUUAUCUGGCCCUGCCCAUUGGCCCAACACCCGCAAGGCCCUCCUUGAUGAACUGAUCCCGUUCUUCAACCAGUCACUCUUCAGUGAAGACGCCUUUGACUUCUACUUCUCGAAGCAGGCCUGGACCAUCCCCCGCACACACACCUACUCUCCUCCCAAGCGUGGUGUCUCAGUCGUCCAAACAGCGCAUCCUAUUCUCAUACUUUCAACUACAUACGACCCCGUGUGUCCACUCAUGUCAGCCCGUGCCGCCAGCCAGGCGUAUGCUGGGUCCCGUAUCGUCGAGGUAAAGGGAUAUGGGCACUGCUCGACAGCCGUUCCUUCCCGGUGUGUAGCGAAUCAUGUGAGGGAGUACUUUUACGAAGGCAAGCUGCCAAAGGAGGAUGUGCAGUGCGAGGCAGAUGGUUCUCCGUACUUUAAAACGAUGGAGGAGCAGGUUGCUGCUGCGGAAGCCCUGGAUGAGGAGGACCGCAGGAUCAGGUUCGCGCAGCUGGCGCUUGCAGAGGAGGGGAUAGGGCCGUGGAGAAGGUAG